AACAUCACCUUUCUCUCUUCGUUAACAUUACAAUCUCUUCAUCUUCGUUAAAUAAUACUCCAGUAAACCUAACAUGUCACCGAGUCACCCUGAUCGGGCCACCUCUCGCCACGUGGCAGUAAUCGGAGCCGGAGCAGCGGGACUCGUGGCUGCUCGUGAGCUACGUCGUGAAGGCCACUCAGUAGUCGUCUUAGAACGCGGGAGCCAACUCGGAGGCGUGUGGGCUUACACCUCUCAAGUCGAACCAGACCCGCUUAGCCUCGACCCGAACCGACCCGUCGUCCACUCGAGCCUCUACAGAUCACUACGCACCAACAUCCCUCGAGAAUGCAUGGGUUUCACCGACUUCCCUUUUGCGACCCGACCACACGACGGGUCGAGGGAUCCGAGAAGACACCCGGCUCACACUGAGGUUCUUGCUUACCUGCGAGACUUUGCUAAUGAAUUCGAUAUCGAGGAGAUGAUAAGGUUCGAGACUGAGGUUGUUAAGGCGGAGCCGGCCACGGCGGAGGAGGAGAGAGGAAAGUGGAGGGUUGAGUCUAGAAGCUCUGAUGGUGUUGCCGACGAGAUAUACGACGCCGUCAUGGUUUGUAACGGACACUAUACACAACCUCGUCAUGCUCUUAUCGCUGGCAUAGAUACAUGGCCAGGCAAGCAAAUUCACAGUCACAAUUACCGUGUUCCUGAUCAAUUCAAAGAUCAGGUGGUUAUAGUGAUCGGAAGCUCAGCGAGUGGAGUUGAUAUAAGCAGAGAUAUUGCAAAGGUCGCCAAAGAAAUCCAUGUUUCGUCUAGGUCGACUUCACGGGAGACCUAUGAGAAGCUUCCCGGUUACGACAAUCUAUGGCUUCACCCAACGAUUAAAAUUGCCAACGAAGACGGUUCGGUGGUUUUCGAAAACGGGAAGACGGUUUACGUGGAUACCAUUAUGCACUGUACCGGGUACAAGUAUUACUUCCCGUUUCUUGACACGAAAGGCCAAGUAACCGUAGAUGAUAAUCGUGUCGGACCAUUGUAUAAGCAUGUAUUUCCUCCGGGACUUUCCCCAGGGCUUUCAUUCAUCGGCUUACCUUGGCAGAUCACCCCCUUUCCGAUGUUUGAGCUUCAGAGUAAGUGGGUCGCAGCGGUUUUGUCAGGGCGAGUAUCUCUCCCAUCACAAGACGAGAUGAUGGAAGACACUAAGGCGUUCUACGAAAAGCUCGAAGCCUCGGGUAUUCCCAAAAGAUAUACACAUUUGAUGCCGGAUGACUCUCAGUUUGAAUAUGACAACUGGCUUGCGGAUCAAUGUGACUAUCCCCGAAUAGAGAAAUGGAGAGAACAAAUGUUUUACAUCGGUUUCAAGAGAAUCUAUGCUCAAUCCGCUACAUACAGGGAUAGUUGGGACGAUGAUCAUCUCAUCGUAGAAGCAUACGACGAUUUCGUCAAAUUUAUGUCAAGUUAUCAAGAACUUCUGCCGAUGCUCAAAACCUAAAGUUGAUAAAUUUGACGUUGGGACCUUUGUUACAUAUGUAUGGGUAUGUUUUGUAAUUGGGAAAGUGUUUUUGUGUGGUUGGUAUGGUAUAUAUGUUUCCAAAAUAAAUAUGGGGACUAAAUGUAAAAAACAAUAAUUUUUUGGAAUGAUUUAUAUAAUAGUAUCUAAUAAUGCGGUGAGCCUUUCAGAA